GUACAUGGAUCUCUGGCUCGGGCUAGAAAAGUGAGAGGCCAAAUUCCCAAAGUGACCAAGCAGGACAAGAAGAAGAAACCCCGUGGAUGCACCCACAAGCACAUGCAAUACAAUCGUCGAUUCGUCACUGUAGUGGUUGGAUUCGGCAAGAAGAGGGGACCCAACUCGUCGAACAAGUGA